GAGCUGCAGCUUUCCGCGGACUGCGGGUUUGCGCGGCGUCUGGGUGCCUGGCCGCCGCCUCUACGCCGUCCCGCGGGCCGGGCAUGGGCGCCGGCGCCGGCACCAUGAGUGUCCUGGGCAGCCCUGUCCGCGCCUACGACUUUCUGCUCAAAUUCCUGUUGGUGGGCGAUAGCGACGUGGGCAAAGGCGAGAUCCUGGCGAGUCUGCAAGACGGCGCGGCCGAGUCCCCAUACGGCCACCCGGCGGGCAUCGACUACAAGACCACCACCAUCCUGCUGGACGGGCGGCGGGUGAAGCUGCAGCUCUGGGACACGUCCGGGCAGGGGAGGUUCUGCACCAUCUUCCGUUCCUACUCGCGGGGUGCACAGGGCGUGAUCCUGGUCUACGACAUCGCCAACCGCUGGUCCUUCGACGGCAUCGACCGCUGGAUCAAGGAGAUCGACGAGCACGCCCCCGGCGUCCCUAAGAUCCUGGUGGGGAACCGCCUGCACCUGGCCUUCAAGCGGCAGGUGCCCACGGAGCAGGCGCAGGCCUACGCGGAGCGGCUGGGCGUGACCUUCUUCGAGGUCAGCCCUCUGUGCAACUUCAACGUCACCGAGUCCUUCACGGAGCUGGCCAGGACCGUGCUGCUGCGGCACGGGAUGGACCGGCUCUGGCGGCCGAGCAAGGUGCUGAGCCUGCAGGACCUGUGCUGCCGCGCGGUGGUGUCCUGCACGCCCGUGCACCUGGUGGACAAGCUCCCGCUGCCCUUGGCCCUGAGGAGCCACCUCAAGUCCUUCUCCAUGGCCAGCGGCCUGAACGCCAGGAUGAUGCACGGCCGGUCCUACUCGGUGGCCGCCGGCCCCGCGCACAAGAGGAGCAGCCUCCGCAAAGGCAAGGCCGCACGGCCGCCCCAGAGCCCGCCCAAGCGCGGCGGCAGGAACAGCUGCAAAGUCUCCUAAGGAAGGAGGAAGGCUCAGGAGGGGCGCCUGCCAGACCCCCGGACCCGCCGGGAGAGGGCGCCCCGGGGCUGGGAGGCCGUUCCAGGUCCGAGAGGCGCCGGCCCACCCCGCACGGCGACCGUGCGGCUCUGCGCGGCGAACGCCCGGCCCACGGUUCGCCUCCAACGUUUCCACGUGGGUGUGCAUGAAGCUGUCGUGUUAGUCGUGUGUCUACCACGGGGCGUCGGUACUCCGAGUGUUACCUAUCCCACGAUUGCGGUGCAGCUUUCCCCUCGAGACAACUGCUCUUACGCGAAGGGCGGUGUGCGGGCGCUGCGUGCAACGCCAGGGGAC